AUGCUAAAUUAUUUGAGAUACCUCCUAAGCCUCGGUGGUGCUUCCUUAUACUGUUGCUUUCCUACUCCUUUCCUUCUUACAGACUGUAAAAAUCGCAAGCUCGCAAUCAUUCAUCGGUAUAAACUAUGGCCAAGUUGCGGACAACCUUCCACCACCAUCAUCCACCGCAAAACUUCUUCAAUCCACUUCAAUCAAAAGGUCCGAUUAUAUGGAAUUGGAAUUGGAAUUGUUAUCGGUACUACAAAUGGUGACAUUCCAGGACUAGCCUCUGAUCCCAAUUUUGCCAAGAGCUGGAUCAACAUGAACGUGCUUCCCUUCUAUCUAGCUAGCAAUAUCAUCCUCAUCACUGUUGGCAACGAGGUCAUGACUUCCAAUGAUCAGAAUCUCAUGAACAAGCUCUUACCAGCCAUGCAAAAUGGCUUGUUGGAGUUUAAUAGUGCGAAUGGUUUGCCUUUCGCAAUCAAUCCCCACCCUUACUUUGCCUACAGAAGCGAUACAAGGCUUGAGACUCUCGCUUUUUGCCUUUUCCAGCCGAAUGCAGGACGAACGGAUGGAAACACUAAGAUCAAGUACAUGAACAUGUUCGAUGCUCAGGUGGAUGCAGUGUAUUCUGCACUGAAUUCUAUGGGAUUUAAGAAUGUUGAGAUUGUGGUGGCCGAGAGUGGAUGGCCAUAUAAAGGGGAUGACAACGAAGUAGGGCCAAGCAUUGAGAUUGCCAAGGCUUACAAUGGCAAUUUGAUCGCACACCUUCGAUCGAUGGUGGGCACUCCACUCAUGCCAGGAAAAUCAGAGGAUACAUACCUCUUUGCUCUUUAUGACGAAGACUAG